GCCAGUGACAAAACAUCUCAAUUGAAUUCCAUUUUAAAUUCAGGCUGUAACACAACAAAAUGCGGGAGAAAGUAAAAGGGUUAUGAAUUAUUUCUGAAGGCUCUGUAUACAAGUGAUAGAGACUGUAGUGCUAGCUGUAUAUCUGUGGUUGGUUCUAGAUUACCCACAUCUUUCUCUAAUGUCCUCUGCUAGUGGUUUCAUUCCCACAGGAAGCCAAGUGUGGUUCCGUUAUGUUUCCUUUCACCACUACAUAUACAGCCUUGCCUCUGUUGUCAUGCAGAGCCAAUAGGGGUUUAGGUUUCAGUCUAUUGGCUGUAUGACAGACGGUAGGCCUGGCUGGUUGUAAUAAUGUAGACCAGUCAGUGACUGAUACAACCAGUCGGUCUCCUAGUAAUGUAGGGUUUCUUUUCCUGGUUCAAAAAAAGGAUUUAGGUGGUGGGCGUGGCAGGGGUCGGCCCCUUCGGCACGGCUGACUUUUAGUGAACAUUUCAGUGGCCCCCGUCUUGCCGGUGUGGAGAAUUUCCUGCAAUUUCCAAUUUCCUGCAAUUGUACAAAUUUCUCCAUGGACCUGAGAGAAAAGUUAGCAGUUUUAAAGAAAAUUUCCCGCGAUUUUAUGCCUUUUGCUAUGGCUAAUACUGUGUUCUAUCGCUCAAACAUAAUAACAAAAUCUAUUCUCCCUGCCUUGUCUAGGUUUUAUUUUGGUUAUUGUUAGUUUUCAAAGAUUAUAUUCUAAGAAAAUGUAUAGGUCAUUUUUUUCCUACAUACUUUAUCUUCAUUUAGUCGUUCAGUUUACACUGAAAGUGUUUAUUUUUUACACGGUUUGGAUUUCAAUGGCAGAAAAAUCCCUGUAAUGCCUCCAAUCUCCGCCCCUCUGGCUGAUGACAUGUAUUCAAUGUUAUUUCAAUGUUAAUUCAAUGUUUCCUCCCUAACCAGACCACCCUGACCCUAAAAAGGCAGUGUUUUCUCAAGUGGUUCUACGGUUGCGUAUGGUUUCUAGCCCAAUACAAGAACACCUGAUUCUACUCUCUUCUAUUCCUAAUCACUGAACCCCUUUCCUUAGUUGAACACGGUGUACUUGUGUUGGGCUGAAACGAAACAGUCUUGGUGUUACCCAGCAAGGUUGCAAAGUUCUGGUAACUUUCCCCCAAAGAAAUUCCUAGGGUUUCCCAGUAGUCCCAGUUGGCCCGUAAUCAGUAGGGGGGAUAAGCAGGAAAUCAGGAAUAAUUUUCCGGGAAAACCUAGGAAAUUUUGGGGAAAGUUAUUGGAAUUUGGCAAACACUGCUGUCCAGUUGUCGUAUUGUAGUUUCUGCCUCAUCUGGUGGUGUUUUCUGUUGUUAACUUUUCACUCUACUGAUGCAGUGAGAAAGGCUCGUAAAGGGACUCAGUUUGCAGUUACACUGCAAGCCAAAUGUAAUUGAAUGCAGAGUGGAGAUUUGGCCUGGCGAUUUUAGGCUCGACUGUGGAAUGGCUCGGUAAUCUACUCUUAAGCCCUUAUCAGAGAGACGGGUUAUAUUUGAGCCGCUGCACUCUUGUGCAAUCUGUCCCACUGCUGUGAGUGUGCGUGUGCGUGUGAGGUCGGAGGGAGAGGCAGGGGUCAAUAGAGAAUGGCUAGCUUGUGUUUCCUGCCUCCCUGAACCCGAGAUUCUGUUACUGCCAUGGAAGAGUUGGGAGAAUGUUAGGAGGACUGUCGUCGUCGUCCCCCGUCGAUACCUGUAACCCAAUCCUGUCAGGACCACUCUCCAGUGUCUCUCUAGAGUGGCGUGUGUGUGUGUGUGUGUGUGUGUGUGUGUGUGUGUGUGUGUGUGUGUGUUUUAUGUCAUCUGGUUAGUUUGUUUGUGCUGCAACCAUUGACCACCACAGUGAGUUAGUACUACUUGUGUUUGUCUGACUACUUCAACCCCCCAAAAAAUGUUUCCCCAUGGUUAAAAACCUUACUUUCCCACCCCGCCCCUCCACAGUAGAGCCAACCAAUCUAGAUAGAAGGCUGGUACCCCUCUCCCCUAUUCGCUGAACUCUGUUCCCUCUCCCCUAUUCGCUGAACUCUGUUCCCUCUCUUGUUCCUAUUGGUGGGCUGCCUCGCUGGGACCCUGCGAGUGUGCGAGGUCGUCCAAUUGAAACCCAAGUGCACCGUCCUCUCAUAAAUAGGCCAACCACACGGGCAUGCGCUCGUACAUUUACAACCGGAGCACUGUGAUUGACUCGCAGGCGGAGCACGGCGGCAUGCGGACGUACUUCUUCAGCGCCGACACGCAGGAGGACGUGAACGGCUGGGUGAAGGCCAUGAACCAGGCGGCGCUGAUGCAGAACCAAACCGACAGCCUCAAGAGGCCAUCGGAAACAUCGGAGAAAUCGGAAAUGCCCAACACGUCGGAACGCAAGGGGGUCCCCCAAACCAACCACGUCAACAACUACACAAAGACCUCACGCGAACCCCGAGCUGACCCCCAUCUCCAUAGCGAUGGAGUGGUCCUCGAACCUGCCGAUAUCCGAGAAACCGAGGAGCGCCGUAGCUUCCGGAACGACACACUCAAUCCCAUCACUUCCAAGAUUCCUUCCCUCGGCGGCGGAAGCGUGGAAAUUGAAAUGGACGCCGUCCCUCCUAACAGUCUCCCUCCCCUUCCCUCCCUAACUCCUGACUCCGCCUCUGCACCCACAUCCGCGCCCCCCUCCAGGGCGCCAUCGCGCGCCCCGUCGCGCGGCGCCUUCACCCUGCCCCCCGGGGCCUGUCUGAGGAACGGGACACCCACUCCGGAACCCAACGGGAUGGGGACGGGGACGUACCAGAGGGCCACGCUGACGCCCCAGGUGGUUGACACUCAAAGGCAGGUGCAGAGGAGGAGCGCCCUGGAGCAGGUGGAGCACUGGGUCAAGGUGCAGAAGGCCGAGCACAAAGGCCCCCCCUCAAGAGGGGGCACCCUCCCCCGUCACAGCCCCCCGACCGCCGCGCGCCAAGGGGAGUACAAAUACGCACAGGACCGCCUCAGCCACUUCCGACUCGGACCCUCAGACCCCCAGGGUACCGGCGCCAGGGACGGGGGUGGCAUCGGUGGGCCUGGCACCGUGUGGCAGCUCUACGAGUGGCAGCAGCGCCACCAGUUCCGCCACGGCAGUCCCACUGCCCCCCUCUACACACCUGCCCCGGACUACCCCUUCGGGCCCAGGCCCCCCUCCACGGUGCCCCCCUCGGCCCCGCGACCCAGUUCUGAGGUUCCCCGCUGUGUGUCGGUGCCCCCAGACCCCUCCGAUAUCCUCCCACCGGGCCCCCAGAGCUCCAGGGCCCUUUCCCCGCCACGGAGGCCCCACACACCCGCUAACCGGGUGGUGGUAAUGCCCCAGGGGGGGAGAGAUGCACUGGACAUGCCGGUGGCUGGGUCCCCACGAAGAGCCAAGUCUCAACUACUCAAGGCUGCCACCAUCGAGAGACGGUCCAUGCCUCCCUCCAACUACAUCACACACACGGUCAGCGCGCCCAGCCUUCACGGGAAAACGCCUGAGGAGCUCACCCUCCUGCUCAUUCAGCUCCGGAGGCAUCAGGCAAAGAUGGCCGCCGCUCGCCACCACACGCUAACCCAGCUGCAGCACUUCAACUACAGCCCUUCUGGCCCCCACUUCCUCACCACCAAAACCAACCCUCUCUUCUCCUCCGGCCCUUCUUAUCUGGGGCCCUUCCUAGGCCCCAUGGGCCACGGCAGCAGCAGCCAGGUGGGGGCCCCCAGUGCGCCUGGUCGUCUUUACCCCACCAAUGUUGACGAUACGUACAUGCAACUGAAGAAAGACCUGGAGUAUCUAGACUUGAAGAUCAAAAGUUUAGAGCCGUUCAUCCUCACGGCUCACAGUGUGCUACUGCACUGCACCGCCGGGCCACUAUGGAACGUGGUUGGAAGUCAGACGUUGAAAGAAGCAACGAGACCCGUCAGAGUAGCCGAGAGUGACGUGGAUGUGAAACUCAGUCGGUUAUGUGAGCAGGACAAGACCCUGAAGGAACUGGAGGUCCGGAUCUGCUCACUAAAGGAGGAUAAGGACAAGCUGGAGUCGGUGCUGGACGUGUCCCACCAACAGAUGGAGCUGUACAGAGACCAGGCGGCCCACCUGGAGAAGAUAGCCUACCAGCAGAGACUCCUACAGGAGGACGUGGUGCACAUCAGGGCCGAGAUCUCCAGCGCGUCCACGGAGAUGGCCCGGGCCUGGGAGGACUACAGCAGGCUGGAGAGCUCUGUGGAGCAGUUGAGGGCCGUGCUAGAGGCACACAUGAACCACAGCGCCACCCCUCAGCAGGAGAAAACAGAGAUAAAGCGGGAGCUGUGGAGGAUAGAGGACGUGAUGGCAGGACUGAGCUCCAGCAAAGCCAACUACAAGAUCACAAUCGACUCAGUGCAGAACCCAGAGAGGAAACUAGUGGCUUCAGUGCCGGACCCUGCAGUGCCUUCGCAGAGCGCGACGCCCCCCGUAGGGGAGGUUAGGCCCCCUCCUCGCAGCUCCUACACGCUGCCUCACAACCCCGUGCCAAAAUGGGCAGAAGAUGAGGCUCCUCCCAGACCACCCCUGCCCUGCCUCUACGAUUAUGAAGACCCGCCCCCUGCCAUCCCACCCCUCCCCAAAGAGGCGUCGGUGGUAGUACGACACACGUCGGUUCGCGGGCUCAAACGCCAGUCGGACGAGAGGAAGAGGGACCGAGAGAGCGGAGUGUGUGUCAACGGAGACUUUAAAGUGGAGCUGCGGUCAUACCUGAGUGAACCAGAACUGCCAGGGGCGGGCCAGAGCAGCACAGGGUCUGAGGGGGGCUACCAGACCCUCCCAAACAAAGGUCUGUCGGGCUCAUCGCCAAGGCUGAACCAGUCCAGUAACAUCUCCUCCUACGUGACCCUGAGGAGGGGGGCAGCCGCCUCUGCAGAGAGGGAGAGACCUAAGAGUGCUUUGGAGCAGCUGUACUCCUCUGGCCAGCAGCCCCAGCCUCUGGCCCAGGCCCCCCGGGGCCGCAUGAGUGCAGAGGAGCAGCUGGAGCGCAUGAAGAGGCACCAGAGGGCCCUGGUGCGCGAGCGCAAGAGGAACCUCAGCCAGGGAGAACGCCACUCCAACACUGCUCAUCGUACCUCCUCCUCCACCAGGGCUCUCUCCUCCACUGACCUGGGCUCAUGGAGGCGAGAGCAGCAGGACUUUGAUUUGCAGCUGGUGCAGAAAGCUCAGGUGGAAGAGCGACAGGUUGCCGAGGGCCAGAGCGACGAGGGGCGUAGCGAGCUGAAGGAAAGGGAGAGGAUCCAAUCAGAUGAGUGGCUCUCGGUGAUGGCCAUGCCCACGAUUGCCACACCCAUGAGGGAGACGGACAUGGAGCCCCUCGACUAUGACCUGGAUCUCAGUCGUGAGCUUUCCAAGCCCCAAAAGGUGUCUAUCCCAGAGCGCUAUGUGGAGUCGGACCCCGAGGAGCCUCUGAGUCAGGAGGAGAUGGAGGAUCGUCAACGCAGAGCAGAACGCAUCAAAAACAUCCUGGCCAAAUCCAAUUUUCAGAACAUACACCCGUCGUCUGGCGCGUCUGUCCCACUGAACUUCACUGAUUUGGACAUCGCCAUGCAGCAGCAGGAGAGGAUCAUGACUGUGUCCCAUGCCUUGGCCUCUGAAGCCUCCGUUAAGAGCAAGCAGUUCACAGCCAAAGCUCAGCUGAGCUCUGACUGACCGUUGACUCAGACACCAAGGCACCAACAGGACCUCUGUGUGGAUGAAAAUUGUUUGUGGAGUUCACUGACAAAAGUGAAGUGAUUUUGUAUUAGGCUUAUUAGAGCUAAAACGAGAUGUUUUGAAGAACCAAACAGUUAUUUGAAACUACACUGCGUGUACCUAAUGUUAAGGUUGAAUUGGAGUUGUUUUUACAUGCUUUUGCACUUUUAUGGCGUGUUGUGUGGAAUUAUUAACACCUACUAGUUUUUGCAAUAGAGAGUAAUUAGCUGUUUUUUUUGCAGUGUGGUCUAUUUUCAACAGAAAUUUAAGUUCAAAGCAAUGUUUUCUAAGGUCGCAGAUAAGGAAAUGUAUUUAUUUUGAGUAAUGAAAGAAUCUUGCACCAAAUAUAACUUUGUAGCUCAGCAAUGCCACCUAAUGCUUUGGCCAAUCAACUGUAUUGUAUGAUUUAAAAAGGAAAGAAACCAUACUGGUGUUUUAUUGAAAUAAAGGUUUUAACAAAA